AUGGACCCUGUAUCCGUAAAGCGUCACACGCUCUCGUGUUGCCUGGCUGUCAGUAGCCGAUUUUCAUGCCACCGUUUGAUUCUGUGGGUUGGUGCCACCGACUUUGCGGCGGAAAUGUCAGCGAUACAUCUCGCCUAUUCCUCGCCUUGUCUACCUCUUGCGGCAAUCUUGCGUAUUAUCCAUAAAGGGUCCAGCAGCAAGAGCCGGUCUCUCAAGGGCUCCCGGCAAGCGAGGAUUAACUCUGCAGGGCUCGAGAUAGGGGGAGGGGCAAAGCCAAGGGAGUUGGCCAGGGAUUUCGGGCUCGCAAUGUUCGACGAUUCUUCUGGAACGAAUUCGCCUGGCUGUGAGAUUGGGGUCCCCGUCCGGCGUCCGGUGAUGCUAGCAGCGAUGAACCCCAGACGGGCAGAUUCUUUGAAGCAAUGGACAGCCCAUACCGGCGACCGCGAAAUCCGGACACAUGCGGCGGCGGGCUGGCAACUCAAGAGGGCGAUGGAUGAAUUCCACAGUCAGAAUUGGCCCCGCCGUACUUGCGGACGACCGUCGUCGGCUUCGGUGGCUGAGUCAGUAACAGAAGUGUUUAGAUUGUUUGAAUCCGAGGCCAACGGCGAGUGGGCAUCCAAAACGACGAUCUCCCACCAACAACGCACGGAACUAUGCGACGGUCGGUCGUCAAUGGUCACGGCUAGACUUCCUGCUCCGUUCUCCCUUAUGCGAAUUAUCUGUAUUCCGUACAGAUAUCCCCCCCAGGGUUCUUGGUUGACGUUUCGCGGAGGAAGCACGCUGCACAACGGCCGCGCUCCGACAGGGCUCUUGUCUGACAGUUGUUGUUGA